AUAUUCGCGGAAAAAAAAGCGCGACUGAUAGGAAACAGGCAAAACGGUGCAGAAGCGGUUUAUCGAGCAUUCAUUGAGCGCGCCAUGAAAGAUAAUUAAAACGCACUGCUGAGUCCAGUGGACCUGUGUAAGAGCUGCACCGCUUCAUUCCGCCACUGUUCCUGUGUACCGUUACACGCUGUACAGCCGCGCUGCGUCGAGCUAACGCCACCUGAAGGAGUAUCUAACGCUCAGCGACAAAAAACACAGUGUUAAAGCGCGUCAGCAGUUUUAGACCACGACUCAAACUGCGUUAUUUUGCCUUUUUAAAUCAGCCGAGGAAGCAAUGUGGAGCUUUUUACACUCGGAAUACCUUCGCAGUGCCAUAACCGACUUAAUAUAAAAAAAGAAAACAGUUCAGGCUUAAAGAGCUAAGUUUAAAAAAUCGCCUGUCAGGAAUGUGUACAGGCGUCAUUUCAGCCUUCAUCAUUCAGCACCAACAUGGAGGCAGCUAUGCUGGCUAGAUAAGAAGGAAACCGUGUCGUGAACAGAAGCUCGUCACACCUCCCUGAGAAAAUUGCACUGCUGAUAAAGAUCGCCAGAUUCCAAAGCCGACCAGUCGGAACUCAAUAGGAUCGAAGAUUGGGAUUUCGGUGUGGUUAUUUUUUUUCUGUUCACAUGUGUCAUAUGUUUUGAAAGGUUCCUUUUUCUUGCUGAAGACGUGGCUCAACAAAUCUGCUGCUGCACCUGAACCGUGUGCUGCUUUCAAAUACAGACAAUUCGAGUGAGAGUAUCGACACUGGAAAGACAUUUUCUCCAUUUUUUUUUUUAAGUAAGCGUUUACUUCCUCUUUUUUGUUUAUUUACGUUUUUAAAUACGCAGAAAUCACGAAUCAAAUAAGGAAUUAUGAUGUGCAAGUUCUUUAGUUGAUUUCUUAGAGAUAAAGGGAUUCAUAUGUUUUCUUUCAUCCACACAAUUGCACUCUUUUAUGUGAUUAGCAGAAGCGCCAUUUUUGGAUUAAGCAGGUAAAAUGUAUGCUGCUCUGCUCUGAGCAGUAAAAAAAAAAAAAAAGCACCAGUUCGAUGUCCAGUGAGAAAAGCCUUUGAAGGGCUGCGCAGUCAAAAUGAUUCCCCAUCACACUGACCUUAACCAUUCCAAAGAUUUCACCACCAUAAGUAGUCCUCUAAAGACGUAAACCUAUAUUAGCGUUAGUUUAUUAAUACGAUAUAGUUGGUUAUUAAACUGUUUUAAAAGAUUACAAGAAAAUUGCAUUCAGGGAGUAUUACGGGUCAGGGAAAUUCCUAAUGACUUAAGUGCCACUGUUGACUAUAAAGAGUGCCCAAAUUGUAUAGAAGUCAUACAGAAGACAAAAAAAAAGUCAGUGCAUUAGUUUACAUUUUAUGGUGUUUACAGUUACCCUUUGCUUCUAUAAGCAAACUCAUCUUAAUAAGUGCCAAAACAAGGAGUAUAUAUUACGUACUAAGUUGUGCUACACGGAGAUGCAUACAUUUAUUAACUAAAAAGCCUUUUAACCACUACCUAACCAGUGUUUGUUUAAUAAGGGAAGCCAUUUUAUUCUUGAGACAUAAACCCACUUUAGCUUCUUUUAAAGCAAGAUUUUUAAGAUAAGGUGAGAAGUGAGUGUCUCUCAGUUUACUUUGCCUCAAGGGAGAACUAUUAGGCCAGUUGCUCAGGCUUCGUUUGUUCUGUUGAAGAAAUGAGGAUCUGAGUUUCCCUGGAGUCUGAGACUACAUUUUCAUCACUGCCCCCCUCCCUUUAUAUUCUCCCAGAACAUUGCACAGUGCCAUUUUUUUACUGACAUUUAAACAAACAUCUUAUACUGGAAGCCCAUGACUUACAUUUUUACAUGCAGUGUUAAGGACUGGGAUUUUAAAGGAGGAUUCUGCACUGAACGGUGGGUUGAGUCAGCAAGAGAAAAUAGUCGUGUUAGUCACAUAAAGAUGAUGGCCACCUCAGGAGCCCGAACGCGUGUCAUCCUCCUCUUCCUGUUAAUCGCUGCUCCGCAUAACACGUCUUCAGCCAGUGUGUUGGAUCCCUCUAAAACCAGAAAUGUACCCAUCAGGACCACCAGCACCCCGACCGUCAGCCCCAGGCCCAGUAGCUGGGGAUUCUUACUAAUGCAGUCCAGAGGUGGAGGAAACGGCAGAGGAAAUGGGCGCGGGAAGGGGUCGACGGGAUGGCCAGAGACACCACCCAGACCCCAAGCUCAAGUCAUGCUUUCUAAGAAUGCCACAGCCGACGCCCUGGGACCUCCGCUCGGAGCUGCACAGGUGGCCCCACCUCCACGUCGAGUGGUGGAAGUGGACGUGUGCCGUGGGUACUAUGAUGUCAUGGGCCAGUAUGACCUUACCUUCAACUGCUCUAAGGAUGACUUUAUCUACUGCUGCGGCACAUGCCACUACCGCUUUUGCUGUCCAGACCGCUCCCGCCGGCUCGACCAGAACAUCUGCCAUAACUACAACUCGCCAGUAUGGGCCAACACAGCACCACCUGGGACUAAACCGCCCCAUCACCUCACUGACCCUGACCUCAGUCGCAUCGAACAGAGCAACAAUACCAUAUAUGUCAUUGGUGGAGUAAUCUCAUUCACUGUGGCUGUGGCUGUGUCCAUCAAGCUGGCGUUUAACAAGGCCUCGCGGCAGGCACGCAACAGAGAGCUCAAUAUGCCCAGAGCUCUGGUGGACAUGCUGCGCCACCAGUCUAGCCCAGUCCAACAGGGAGAAAGAAACAACAGCAUCGCUGUGGGCAGUGGAGGAGGAGAGGGCACUCUUGGGCGGCCUCCUAAAAACCUGUACCCUACUCUGCAGAAAGACAACCGAUUGGGAAAUCUGCAGCAUAACUUCAUCCAUACCUCAGGUUCCAGCCCCAAACACACUGCCACUAUUGAGCGUGCACCACGUAUGAACAACAUGCAGAUGACCGCUGGUGGAACACUGAAACCAAACAAGCACACUAACGCCAUGAAGCCUCAGCCCUCGUUUCAUCACUCGCUUCAUAACCUGGCUCAGCUCCCUCCCUCUUACGAGGCUGCGAUGAAGCCUGAGCUCAACAGAUACUCUUCCCUCAAAAGGCUGGAAAAAGGAGGUCUGGAGGAAUAUUCAGGUUACUGCACCACUAAACGGAGACCCAACAACGCUCCUCCAUCCUUCCACUCGUCACAGCACCACUUGCCUUGGGGCGGUGACUAUACCCUAGGGGGGAGAGGCACACUCCCCACCCAUGCUACCCGUCCCCGCAUACCCCACCCUCAGUCUGCCCCCAGCCAUACACCUAACCCCUAUCCGUUGGAGCCUAAAGAAACCAAGACCAACCAGAACUAUGACACCCUCUCCAAACCACCUCGCCGAGUCAAAUCAACAGAUCAGCUCCUUGCCCUCGGGGAUGGCAACACCUUAUCACGGGUGCCCAAGAACCAGCAGCACCAGUACUACAAGUCUGCAGCAGCAAAAAACUCCAACGCCCAGAACACCUUGCGCAAGUCUAAGGAGAGGCUGUUGAUGUCACCUGAUCAUCUAGAGGAGGAAGUGGGCAUGGGUGGAGUCGAUUACGGAGGUGGCGGGGGUGGUAUGAGUAUGGGCAUGGGCGACUACACAGUGGGAGGGGGCAUGGUGCCUACUCUACCCCGCGUGAGCCACCAGAAGGCUCAAUCACAGCAGAAUGUCUGUGCCACCCCUUCUCUUGAUCGCCAUCACAUGAUCAAGAUGAACUCACAUCCGACCUCGGGGCGCGAGCAAGAGCGCAACACAGUCGCCAUGUCGGGUCACCUGGGAGGAGGCGGAACCGGAGGGAUGGGAUGGAACGAAAUGCAAGGAACCGGGGUUGUCAUGGGCACAGGAACACUAGGAGGUCAUAGCGCCAGGAGGCUAGCUUUUGCUGCAAAAAGGCAAAAUACCAUCGAGCAACUACACUUCAUCCCCGGAGGCGGAGGAAGCAGCGGAAGCGGGGUGGCCGCCAACCAGGGUGUUCGGACGGGGAGCAAAAACGAAGUGACUGUGUGAGGAGAGGAUAGAGGGGAUUGAGAGAGAGUUAAGGAAAAUGGAGGAUAUGGAGGGAGAGUUUGAGUGGGAUGGUAAUGGAGGGAUUAAGGAAGAAAGAAUAAGUGAGUGGGCAGGCAAGGGAGUGAAAAGUGUAAAGGAGAGUGUAAAAGGAGUAGGAGGACGGUAUAGGUAAGAGAAAGGAUGAAAAAAAAAAGGAUACAGAGACAGAGAGCGGAUGAAGGAAAAAAGUACAGAGAGAACGAGGGCAUGAAAGGAAAGAAUAACAGAUGGAGAAGUAGAGGAAACCACAAGGGAAAUAGAAGCUGUAAAUACAGAGAGAACAAAAUGGUCUUGUAGACAAGUUUAAAACUUUCAAGUUGUUGUUUUAUUCUCUUUGUAAAAAAUUUCAGCCAUAAUUACAGUAUAGUAAUUUUCUUAAUACGUUUGAUGAUAGCCACCUUAGAAAACAUUGUCAGAAAUGAAUAUUGUACAUGAAGAGACUGGGAUAACCAGGUGAAAGAUAAAUUCAUGUCACUGUGUCAUGUUAUUUUUACCGGAUAUUACAUGACAUUUAAUGCCACUAGAGAGCCAUAUGUUCAAGUAAUGUCCAAUGGAACAUUCAUCUUAUCAAAACAGAAAAGAAAGGAAGAGAGGAAAGAAAAAAAAAACUGAAGGAAACAUUGCAUACCAUUUGCUUACAUCAGAAGAUCCCUUCAGACCAGAGAUGUGUUAAUCCAGCUGUUGGAUUGUGCUGCUACAGAUUGGGAACAGAAGUGAGUAUUAAAACAAACACAUCAGGAUAUUGAUAACCUGUCAAAGUAUAAAAGGAGCUCAACAAAAAAUGUGGGAUAUCACAUUCACAAAACAAGAGAAUAUAUGGUGAUGACGUGAUGAUGCCACAAAAACAAGUUGAUCCAAACAAAACAAGUUUUUUUGCAUAGAGUAAGGGAAACUAAACUGCAUCAGCUUUAGGAUUUAGCCCCAUGAUUAUUAUUGCCUUUUUCAUACACCCCAAACUUUGCAUCACCUGUUCUGGAAGAAUUGCUUGUGGAUUUACUAGCUGAAGACUGCUUUGUUGGAGCUAAAGUUGACAGAAAUCAAUAUCUGUGUGGAGUAAGAUUAAAACCAAUAACUAUCAUUUUUGUCCCUUAAACCCAAAAAUCCCAGUGAUGGGGGUAGAUAACUAAACUUCAAAAGCCAUUCUGUUUGGGCAACAUGGCCCGGGCCAGAGGGGGGGGAAAUGAGAUGUAUCUGACAAUCAUCGACUUUCACCAACUGAAACGAACUCAGUAAUGAUCAAUGGCACUUUGUUUGGAUUCUAAGUCAACGGUUUCUUCUACAUCCAAGAGCAGGGACUUGACAAGAACAUUUUGCCUUGGCUGAAGGACGUUGGCCACGAAUUCGAAAGAAUACUAAAACAGAAUUCUGUAAGGAUGUGCACACACUUUGGUGCCGUCAUAAGCUCUACACGUGCUGUAUGUAUUGUUGAAAAGUUUUUAUUUAUAAGGAUGCCUCAAACUGUUAAAUGUGGCUUAGAUGAGAGAAACAGGAAUCCAGAUGUUCAGAGUUUUAUAUAGAGAGAGGUUUGUUAAGGGUCAUUUAUGUUCAUUAAGGCAGCACAGCACAGUAAAUGUUGGCAACGUUGGCCAACAUGAGAAUUUAGCUCAGGUGUGCACAGACACUUAGAUGAGCUUACUAACAAACUUGCUGGGUUGCUGUUGAAAUCUCCCUAAAGCCAUGUGUCUGCGCUGUUAAAGUGACGACUGAACCGGGGGGAGAGUAAAAAGUCAUCUCACACAGUUGAUCUGCUUUCAUCCAGAAAUGGACAGAGCGUCACACCCAAUAUCAUAAUCAAUAAUGCUUAUCAAUAUUAAGGGCUAUACUACAUGUGCGUCAGUGGUAGACUGCCUAGGCACAGUUUAUUCAUUGUUCUUUCCAAGGUAAUGAGAACACUGAUGACAGUCAAACAUUACUGUACAUAGACUGAGAUAUUCAUCCUGUGAAGCAAAAGGAGGUAGUGAGGUAAAGGCGACCUCAGUCUAGCCUACAGGACAGGCUAUGGUGUAAACCGUUUUAGUUCUCGUUCCUUUCUAAAAGUUCACAGCAAGUAACGGUAAACAUUCUAGUAUUAGAUAGUUAGUUAUUUCCAACGUAUUUCUCCCAGUAAAAGUAGUUUGGAGUAAAUUUGCCUAGUCAUUUUUUUUUUUUUUUUGAGGCAGAGAAGUGAAAGAAGUUCUUCAUGUGGUGGCAGUAGACUACAUUCACUUAUUUCUGACAGAAAUUAAACUGGAUCUUGAUUGCGUUACAAACAAAACUUAGAGACAAUCUUCCUACAGACUCUCUUAUACAUACGUGUUCGUUAUUGUCAUUAAUAUGACAGUUAAUAUUAUGGUUAUUGGUGAUAUUUAUUCUUGCUGUUUAUUCUCUAUUAUCUUAACAUUAUGAUGGUGAUAUUUUCUUCUGUGGUUUUAGUGUUAACUUGUUUUUAGGUAUCUAUAUUUCUCAUUCGAUUAUUUUGCAUUCUAAGUACAAAAUACAAGCACAAAUACAGGCACUCAUUCUUUACCAAUUCUCAGUGCAUCCUGAUGAGUGCAUUGAAAACAUUCCUUUAGUGUGAUGUCAUAUUGUGACCAUCAUAAAGAAGCUUGCCAGUGUCAUUGUGGCAAUGACAUCCCAAUGGGUUGAUAUGAUGUCAUAGUGUGUAUGUAAAUGAAUAAUAGGUUGAUUUGAAUUCAAUUUCAGCUGUUUGAAUGUUUAUUUCAGGGAAUAUUAGAAUAGCUAAAUUGAUUUAGCAUUUUUUUUUUUUUGUCUUAAAAAGUCUGUAGCAAUGUCUGUUCAGUUUUGUACCCACAAGCCAUAACUGUAAGUUUUUAUGAGAUGUUUAAACUUAAAACUGCAAAGAAUAAGAUAACCAUCAGUUGUGCUGAUAUAGGCCUUUGACGUUUUUACGGCAAGUAUUAAAUCAAAAUGUUAUUAAAUGUAGGUAUAAAUCCUACGCCUACUUUAAAAGCUCCAGGUAGAAUUUUAUUUAUUUAUUUAUUUUUUCAGUUUGUCCCUGAAUGGGAUGCUUAAAUGGAAUAUUUUAAUCUGGUACUUAAGUAAUAAAACCCUAAACUUGUGAAGGUUUUUAUUGCAUUAGAGCAGAUGCUUUAUUCAGAUGCGCAGUCAAAACAUGCAUUUCCCUGAGGAAAACCCAAUUGAAUCAUGUAAUUUCUCCCACACAGAAUUAGCUUUAAAUGUACCUUUGUAAAGAAAUAGAUCAACAAAAGCAACAAGAAUAGAGGUUUGGUCAAAAGUGAAAUAUUUUACUCGCUGAAACGCCCAGAUCACACUAUUGUUUUCUUCAGCACUUUGUUUUCUAUAUAUAAUCCCUCUUCGAUUACACAUAAGGCGAAUAUGAUUGUUUACCUUUGUAAAAUAAAGUCAACUGAUGAAAACUGUC